AUGACCUCUUUACGCGGAUACUUGCACACCUAUGAAGAAGCAUAUCAAAUAGUACAUUCUGUCAGGUUGGGCAUAAUUGCCCCGUUGUCAAAACGGUUGUCUAUUUGGGAAAGAACUUCUAUAAAAAGCGGAUCUAUUUUCGUCUUCAUUCGUGACUGUCGUGGUAUAUUACGAUGGACAGAUGGCAGACUAUGGUCGUCAUCUAAAAUAACCGGUCCCUUUCUGCUCUACAAGGAGGAGACGCGGCAUUUUUGCAAAAAAUUUAGGAAGAAACACCUCACCGAUAUCACACGACCGCUGAAGAACAUUCCGCUUGGCAAGCAAAUGGAGCAAAACAAAUUUAUCCUGUACAAAAAGACCAUAUCAAUCAGACACGAGCAAAAUGUUUACCACAUAAUCGCGUAUUUUCAGCCAGUUUUCGACAAAUGGUCGUUGGGGUCAACACCGUUCUUCCGAUCUAUGAAGAUUGUGAUCGGUAUGUACGGUGAGUUGAGCAGCGAUCGCUAUUUGGACAAUCUUAAACGCAAAAACGUUGACAUCCAUACGCGAUACAAACUGUUGUCGCUGAAUAGUGCCAGCAUACUUCCAGAUAUUGAUCGUAAGCUUUUGGAGCGGAUAGCUCGUGAGGUCCUGAUGAACAAGCUGACAGUGAGCAAAACUUCUGAUGUAUUUAAGACAAAUAAUUAAAAUGUGC